AUGAGAGCUGCCAACCCUCCACGUCAUGCCGCCUUGAGAUGGCCACACCUCACCCUUCCCUCUUCAGGGGACCUUGACAACGGCUGCCUCCGAACCGUCACGUCGAAAUACACCGUUUUGACUUUCCUGCCAAUAAAUUUGUGGGAGCAGUUUCAGAAGACGUCGAAUGUUUAUUUCAUCGUCAUUUGCGCGCUACAAUGCAUUCCAGCAAUCUCAACAACAAACGGAACGCCAACGCUGGCUCUUCCUUUAGCGGUUGUUGUCACAGUAAAUGCAUUCAAAGAUGCGUAUGAGGACAUCCAAAGGCACAGAUCAGACAAACUCGAAAACUUGCAGGUUACACACUCCUUGCCGCGGAAUGCUGCAGACGCUGCGGAGGCUGCACGGAGAGACACGCGGCAAAAGCAAAGGGCUGCAGAUGCAGCCGUGCGGCAGGGCCUUAGAGCCAGGGAAGGCGAUCAGCGGCAGCAAAACGCCGAAAGAGAUCGACUGGCUGGUCUGGGGCUUGUCAGUCGCAAAUGGCAAGAUGUGCGCGUGGGAGACCUCGUGGUCUGCUUCAAGAACGAGGCCUUUGCAGCCGAUGUGUUGCUGCUGGGAUCGUCCGAUCCCAAGGGCCUAGCGUUCAUCGAGACGAGCAGCCUGGACGGCGAAACAAAUCUGAAGCUGAAGCAAACGGCGAAAGGCAUGGCAGCUGCUCUACCGUCUUCGCUGCCGGAGGCCGUGAAGGCGGCAAAGGCUUUUGAAGGCAAGCUCGUCACCAAGCAGCCCAAUCGUGAUUUGGGAGUCUUCGAAGGGCUGCUCCAUUUGUCUACCAAGUCGCAAGCAACCCCUGCCUUCGGCUCUUCCCGCAGCCUACGGCCAGGACGUCAAGGCUUCCAAGGGGCGCAAAGCGCUUUCAACAAACCCGUGGCAGUCGGCUACUCCCAAAUCCUCCUUCGAGGUUGCAGACUGAGGAAUACGGAUUGGGUCGUUGGACUGGUAGUAUACACGGGGAAGCAAACCAAGAUUCAGAUGAAUAGUGGCAGCGCUCCUCGAAAGCUUUCUCGGGUAGAGCGGUUGACGAAUCGUCUGACCUUGUCCGUCUGGGCCUUACAGGUAUUCCUGUGUUUGUUGGCAGCGUUUCUCCAUUUGGCUUUGGUGUACUGGCAUUCGACAACGGAUUUUUACAAGCAGUUUGCGGAGAAGGGGAGUCAGUCCGCUACGCUUUUCUGGUUUGUGAGCUUCUUUACGUGGAUGGUGCUGACGUGCAACAUGGUACCGAUCUCGCUAGUCGUUCAGAUGGGCAUGGUGAAGGCCUUGCAGGCAUUCUUUAUUCUCAAAGACAAGGACAUGAUGUCAGGAGAGGAAGUCUCAGCGAGAAGGAAGCGGAUUUACCUGCCAACUGAAGAUGUUUUGACGAGUGGCGCCUUUCGAGGGGGUCAAGCAUCACUGGGGGAAGCAGCAGCAAGCGGACGAAAAGACACAGCAGCCGGCAGAGGCGGGCUGGAAGACGGACUUGGAAGGAGAGCAGGCACCAAAUCGCUCAGGGGAGAGGACGCACACGCUUCCCUCAUUCCUUACGCAAAAAACUCCACAGCCAAGGCCGAAGGAUGGAUCGUGUCUGGGAGCGUUGUGGAAACAGGAACCUCUUUUGCCCACUACCGACAGUACAGCAAAACACGGAGUUCAGCGAAUUCGCGCCGCAGCCGCGAUCCUUCAACACUUGCUGUCUCUGCUGCCGCUAAGGCUCCCACCAAACAGGGGGCCUGGCCUCGCACAAGCGACCUCAACGAGGAGCUUGGUCAAGUUGGUUAUAUCUUCUCUGAUAAGACAGGAACACUCACACGCAACGUCAUGGAAUUCAAAAAGUGCUGCAUCAAGGGAAUCUGUUACGGAACGGGUAUGACAGAAAUUCGACGUCAAGUUCUGCGUCGGCUUGGGGAGCCUGUGCCGCCCGAGCCGCCUCCCCUUCCUGGAGAUGAGGAUACACCCCAUGUGCGCAUCAGCGACACCAAACUGCGUGAGCACCUUUCGGAUCCUUUCAGUCCGUGUCACGCACACGCCGUUCGUUUUUUCUUUCAUCUCGCGGUGAAUCAUUCGGUGAUCUGCGAGGCUGCGGAAGACGGAGGCACGACAUACGGCGCGAGCAGUCCUGAUGAGGGAGCUCUCGUGUACAGCGCGCAUCAUUUCGGGAUAUCCUUUUUGGGAAGACACUCGGAGGGGCUGUCUGUUUCCGUAUUGGGGCGGCGUGUGCUUGUCCGAAUUCUAUGCUGCAUUGAAUUCACCUCGAGACGAAAGCGAUCGAGCGUUUUGGUUCAUGUCGGCUUCCCUGAUGAAGGUACCCCUGCUACUGCUGCUGCCAGCAGCAGCAGUAGCAGCAGCAGCGCGUGUGAGGGGCUGCGAGGGAAGAUCUUGCUGCUUACCAAGGGUGCAGAUACGGUAAUCAUUCCGCUGCUCUCUGGCAUCGGUCCCUUGGAGGAAUCUAUGAUCGAAACCAUGGAGGAAUACGCGAAGGAUGGACUGAGAACGCUCUGCAUUGCGCAAAGGGAAGUAUCACCCGAGGAGUUCGUACAGUGGGCAAAAUUCUACGAAGAAGCAGAAAACACGACCGAGAACCGGCAGGAGAGGAUCGAGCAAGUGGCGGAGAUGCUAGAGAGGAAUCUUGAGCUGCAGGGUAUCACGGGCGUGGAAGACAAGCUGCAGGAGGACGUGGGUCCUACCAUCGAGAAGCUGAGGCAAGCAGGCAUUAAGGUUUGGAUGCUGACGGGUGACAAAGUCGAGACGGCAGUAAACAUUGGCGUAGCGACCUCGCUGCUGUCAGAGACCAUGCAGAAGACUACAUACGUGUGGGAAGAAUUGGGCAGCAAGGAGCGGCUUAUCAAGAAGUUGCAGCAGGACGUUCGUUCGCUUGCUGCAGAGAGGCGGCAGGAGAAGCUUGCUGCCCUCUCGGUUGGUACGGCUGGCAGCAAGCGACACCCCAGCAAGAACGCAGAAGAAGCGGGAGGGGCCGUGCAGACUGAGCGUGCGAUGCUUGUUGAUGGGGACGCUCUGGCCGUGCUGCUCGAGCCUGACACGGCUAUCCAAUUUGCCGCUGUCUGCACUGCAUGCAAGGCUGUUAUCUGCAGCAGGGUGACACCCUACCAAAAGGGAGCUGUCGUAUCUCUGCUCAAAGAAAUGACUGGAGAAGUGACGCUUGCGAUUGGGGAUGGUGCGAAUGACUGCAACAUGAUCCAAGCCGCAGAUGUCGGGGUUGGGCUAAGAGGCGAAGAAGGCAUGCAAGCAUUUAAUACUUCGGAUUACGGCUUGAGUCAGUUCCGCUUUCUUCAGCCCCUGCUCCUGGUGCAUGGCCGCUGGAAUUAUCGCCGCAUCUCACGCCUCGUGCUGUACAUGUUCUACAAGAAUCUCGUUCUGGUUCUGCCCAUGUUUUUUUACGGCGCCUUUUCCCUCUUUUCUUCGCAAAAGUUUUACUUUGAGUACCUCUACCAAAUGUACAACGUUGUUUUUACCGCUAUCCCCAUUACGCUCUACGGAGUGCUCGAUCAGGACGUAGAUCGGCGUCUGUCCCUCAAAUAUCCGCAGCUGUAUCGUUGCGGACAAAACCACUAUUACCUGAAUUUCAAAGUCUUCCUUUUAUGGUGCCUCACCGGAUUCUGGCAUGCAACUGUUGUUUUCGCGCUCCCCCUCGGCGCUCUCGGCUUCUAUAGUAUCCCGACACUCGGAGGACAGCCGUUCGAUUUGUGGAUGUGUGGGAUGGUUGUCUUUGCGCUCACGAUGAUAGUCGUAAACGUGAAGGUCCUCUUGGAAACUGCUUACCUGAAUACUGUAGUUUGGGGAGGGUUUAUUGUUAGCUUGCUGGCUUGUUUGCUCUUCAUGUUCGGCUUUUCGUCGUGGCCAGGAUUUGCGGGAUCUGUCUUGGGAAAUAUUUACUAUCUGCUGGUACAUGCGGCCCCGAGCACAAUCAUUUGUAUGGCAGCUGGACCGACCCUCUGCCUCCUCCGAGAUUGGAUUUGGAAGACUUUCAAGCUCACCCUCAUGCCCGAACUUCACCACUAUGUCCAGCAGAUCGGCUUAGCCGCAAUCAAGCCUCAGAAGCUCCGCGGUCGAAAGGCAGUAACAAUUGUUGCCGCCGCAGAGGCAGCAGCAGCACGAUCACGACCUGCGGGACGCAGUGUUUCCUUUAUGCCAAAACCAUCGGUCAUUCAGUCUCCCGCAGGAACCCUCCUGGAAGGAUCGACUCCGCGUCAUCAGGUAUCUCCCGAGGAUGUGCAUCGUGCACCUCUGUGGCUUGCAUGCCUCGCAUCUCCUUCCUCUCCUUCCUUUGACGCCCGUCGCUCCUUCCAAAAAAUUGUACUUGCACCAUUUUUCUUGCAUUGCUGCGAUUGGGAGAGCACGCAGCUCUCACCUCGGCCGUACAGCGGCUAUGCUUUCAGCGAGGCAGACCCUGCCUUCGUUAACGUCCUGAAUCAAGAUGGCGAUACUCUGCACAGGCAGCGCACUACUCUGAAACCACCCUCGCAAGACGCGGUGCACGGCGGUAGCAGCCGAUGCAACAACAAAAGCCUCAGCAGAAGCAUGAGCAGCGCUCACACGAGAAGGGGGCACAGCGGGAGUAGCAACAGCAAUUUGGAUCCGCAUAACAGCUUGACCAGAGAGUCCUCAGCGUGCACCAACAAGCACGCUGACUCCCAUCAAGGCGCUUGA